AUUUUUUGUUCGAAGCCAUAAACUUGCCCAAGUGAAAGCAUUGGUCUGGGUGCGGCGAAAGUUGCCGUUGGAUUCGUGCUGAUGUCAGCCAUAAGUGGCGGCCCUUCCUCGGACAUUGAAAGUCUGAUCGAGGAGAUCCGAAUGGAUAAGGGAGCUCUGCAGUUGGCCGACCACAAGAAAGCUUUAGGUGGCAUAUCGCAACUUUUGCAUCAGGUUGACAGCUUGCAAAAAGUUGUCGGCGCCACCUGUGAAACGAUGACGACCCUCUUGUCCAAGCAAGCUGAAGGCCUAAAGGACUUUGAGAAAGAAACUCGCAACCUUCAACGAGAGAACAAUCAGCUGAAAUCCCGCCUGGCAGAUAUGGAAGGCAAACACCUACCAGGAAUUAUUGAUGUAGAUAGAGAUGGGCCAGACAGAGCAGCAGGCUCCGCUAGUGAACCUGCCCAGGCUUGGGCAGAGAUGGAUGGAGCACAGGCACAGAAUGGCACAGGGAGCAAUUCGCUUGGAAUGGCAGCCAUUGUGCCCGCCGCCAUCGUCCCGAUCCCAUCGCCCUCUCCAUCUAGAUCAUCAAGGGGGUCCAAGAAUGCUGAACCCUCCUUUACUACAACUGCCGCGCAGAAUCCUCCAGCUCGAGAGGCGGCAGUCUUUGUUGAUGCUGAUACGCUCAAAAAGCAGCUGAAGCAGAAUCUCAGCAAAGAGGUCUACGAUGUGUCCAUGUACUACUGGGAGACAGGCUGCUGCCAGAGGAUUGCACGAUCUAGCUGCUUCGAAAACUUGACCCUUCUGAUGAUAGCUGUCAAUUCUAUUUGGAUUUGGAUCGACACAGAUUUGAAUUCCUCAGAAACCCUCCUUGAUGCAGAGCCUGUUUUUGUUAUCAUGGAGAACCUGUUCUGCGUCUACUUUUGUGUGGAGUUGGGGUUUAGAUUUGGAGCCUUCAAGCAAAAGAAGAACUGCGCCAAAGACGCCUGGUUUGUCUUCGACUCUGUCCUAGUGGGUUUGAUGGUGUUUGAGACUUGGAUCUUAACCGUAGCAGUCGCAUCGAUGGGCUCUGGGGCGACAAGCGCUCCGGGCUUUCUGAGAGUGCUGCGCCUCUUCCGUUUGACGCGAAUGGCACGGAUGGCAAGGCUUCUUCGGGCUUGCCCCGAGCUUUUUGUGAUGCUCAAAGCCAUUGGAGCUGCACUUCGGUCAGUGAUGUUUGCCCUGCUCCUUCUGUUGGGCCUGGUCUACGUUUUUGCCAUUGUUUUCACGCAAACGCUUGAUACCAAAAGCGCGAAUGCCAGCUUAACCGCAAGGAACGACUUUGCCACUGUUGGUGCUUCAAUGAAUACUCUGCUCCUGUCGGGGGCGACACCUGACCAAGCAGACUUGGUCAACAAUCUCAUGGACGAGGGCCCAGUUUUUUAUAUACUUAUUCUGACGUUCCUGCUACUGGCCUCUCUGACCGUGAUGAACAUGCUGAUCGGAAUCUUGUGCGAGGUGAUUAGUGUCGUCUCUCACGUGGAGAGCGAGGAGAUUAAGCUAACAGCUGUGAAGUUCUCUUUGCAACGAAUUCUGGAGGAGACUGAAGCAGAUUCAGAUGGUGACAAGAAAUUGAAUCGGGAAGAGCUGGAAAUGCUGCUCAAGAACCCCAAAGCUGUGCGCACGCUUGCAGAUGUUGGUGUUGACUUGCUCGCUUUGGUCGACUUGAUGGACUUUAUUUUCGAACAGAAUGAGGAUUUGACAUUCCCUGAAUUUAUGGAUAUUGUUCUGGACUUGAGAGGGGACAAUGCCGCGACUGUCAAGGACAUUGUCGACCUCAGACGCUUUGUCAGCGCCCAGACCAAAAAGAUCGAGAAAGUCUACAGAGAUGCGGCCCAGCGGCAAGUGACAACAGCAUCACUGAAGCCGCCCUCAGCACCUCAACCAUCGCUUGAGGAUCAUUUUGGAAAGCAUGCAUGAGCCGAGAUGAUUCAUCAAUACGAUGAGCUUGGCUUCAGGCUUUGAGGUCGCAAGACUCCCUGUAGGGAGGAGAAAAAACAGAUCAAGGUUGUUGAGCCGCGUUCAAUUCGCUGAGCUCAACUUGGGAAAGGCUGCAGACCGUGUUUAAGCUUGGGUCGCAGUGCAGAGGUGGGAAC